AUGUCUGUUUUGUUUGUUAAUAGUAUUAUAAAGAGGCAAGUUGACAUUCUUAUUGGUCGCAAUCAGAUCUAUCGUGAUUGCAUUCGAGGCUGUCUUGGCGAUUCUGCAAAGGAAAUUCGUAUAGUAGCCUACAAAAUACUACGAACUUUGAUUUCGGCAUCUACCAUUACUUUGUUUUUUGUUAAUCAUCAUAUCGACAUUUUCAUCAUUAGGACGCUUAUUCGAGAUACGCGAUAUGACUCGGAGAGAGAACAAGCGAUACGUUUUAUUCGUGCCUAUUUAGAUGAGCCUGAAGGCGCAAAUAUUAUCCCCAUGAGUAUUAUACGUGCUAUAGUAGCGAUUGCAGAGCAGAUCGAUGACAAAUUUCGAAGUGUUUGUCUUGAAACCAUUUGCGAAUUAGCCAUCUGCAAUCCGGAACUUACCUGUCUGUCUGGUGGUACCAAGGUUAUGCUUGCCGCACUUUUAGACGGACCCACCGAGCUGAUAGAUCCAAUUGUUGCAUCGUUUUUGUAUUUACUGGAUACUUGCAAUUCUAGAGCGUAUAUACGAACACACGUAGAGCUUGAGACAAUCAUCUCACAGUUUUCGGAUGCCUAUACAUGCAAGACAGGAUAUAGUAUUGAUAGGCUGACCUGUUGUGCAGCAGUACUCCGAAAAUUCUUUUCGUCAUGGACAGGACUGGUUUAUUUUUGCAUCGAUAAUUUGAGACCUGUGCGAUCAAUUGUAGAGGCUCUAGGAUUGCCCAAUGAUGACACUCGCAAAGCGUUGCUAGGCUUAUUUUUUGACUUGUUUCAGGUUUCGCGAAGUAAUACAUUAAAUGCAACCCACACUACGACUACUCGUCCAGCCAUAGAGACAAUUCAUUUGGUUUCUCACUUUGAAGCUGUACUUUUGAUGGUGCUUGUUCGUGCUGGACUUAUUGAGGCUUUGAUAGAACUUUCACAAGAUCCUAGUAAAUCUAUCUCGCAAUCUGCAAUAACCCUGCUGACCAGUAUUUUGGAAAUAUGUGUUAAAAAAUUACCGGAAGAGCUUUCUACAAAAAUCCAGUCGUUACCAUCCCUUUUUAGGUUGGCUUGCAAUUUUAACGACGAAGCAAGGCGCCAUCUUGCUUCAAGCAGACUUGCACAGAUUUUAGGCAUAUCCAAGGCUCGCAUUGAUACAAAACCAUAUACCAAGACCGAAUUAUGCUAUCAUUCUGAAAAUCGGAAAUUUGAUUCAAUCAAGGCUCACGUUGGUUUGCAAAUUGACGAAAUUCAACUCAGGAUUAUGCUAAAUGAUAGCGAGGUUAUUGGUGUCAAGGAUAGCAGUAAAUGGAAUUGGGAUAUUAUUGAAGAAAUAGUAUCUGGUCCACUUUUGAAUUCAAAACGGUUUGAUGAUCUUAUUCGAAAUACAAAGUUUGUGGGGCGAUUGUUGUCGUUUUAUCGUCCAUCGACACGACAAUUUUGCGACCUUCCCAAAAAUGCACAGUCUACCAAAAUCCUCUCUAUUGGAAUCGAUUUUAUUCGAAAUCUGACGACUACAUCUGAUGGGGCACGACUGCUUGCAGAAAGUCGACUGCUUGUUGAAAUUGCAGAACAAUUUUCACAACUUUCACUUUUGGGUCAGGGACAAAGCAGUAUCCCUCCUGACAAUAUAUUUUUAAAACAGCAUUUUGAUGAAACAAUGAGUAGCAAUAUGUUUAGUUUAGUUCGAGCAUACUCGUAUCAUCCAUACGGAAUGAGACUGCUUGAGCAAAGUAGCAUAUAUAGCAUAUAUUAUCAGCUUGCAGAUAUGCGCGGAAGAGAAGAUAUUUCAAACGCUAUAUUAACAUCAAUGGACUUUUCAAGGCAAGUAGAUGGCCAUCCUAGAAUCAUUUUGAGCAAAAUCCUGACCGCUGGUUCAAAGUCUCUUCGUCAUGCAGCUACAGUAUACUUGGACCAGCUUGCACAAUUACACAAGGACACUUUUUAUGAAUGGGGAAUUCCACUCCUGGUGACCCAGCUAUCUGAUCCAACACAGGAAAUUGUUGGAGCGGCAGUAUGUAUUUUACAGCGACAUUGCAUUGACCAUCGAAAUAUAAUUGCAUUUGUACGAACAAAACCAGACAUACAGCAGCUUACUGUAUUAGGAAACACACUGCUAAUCCAGUCGCUUGCAGUUCCUGCAGGUUUUAAAUAUCUAUUUGAAUCUGGAUACCUGGAUACCGAGACAGACUAUUGGUUUGAGUACGGAAACGUUCAAUUUGUCACACAUGCUGAGCUUUCUAUAUCAGAAGGUCUUGUCAAGGGACUUUCCAAAUCUGGUUUUGAUACGUUUGACAAAGAUCUUGUAAUGAAUUUACAAGGAUACCUUCCCAUACAAUUGUAUGGAGAGUUGGCAAAAACUACCGAGGGAUGUGCGUACUUGGCAUCUACAAAACACGUAUCUGAGUUUAUCAGUCAAUUAAAGUCACACGACGACAUGGUAACCACACCAGCUGGGAUAAUGAAAUUAAAAGCAGCAAUUUGGGCAUUAGGAGCCAUUGGAGCAUCUGUGUCUGGCCGAUCUCUUCUUGUCUGCGAUGAAGCUAUAAGUCUUAUCACGUCCAUGCUAAAAUCAUCAUCUGUGCUUUCUGUACGCGGUACAUGUUUCUACGCCCUUUGCGUGAUAUCUCACAACUUUGCAGAUAUCCGCAUUAUGAAUGAGAUUGGUUGGUCAGGAGACUUGAUAUGUGUUCCAAACGAGCCGAGUAGUAUUUUAAAUCUUCCAGAAUGGAAUUAUAGCGGAUCAUGGCCUGCUCAGCAAAAAAUAACGUUCAAGCCUUUACAUUACAAACUAGAUGCACUGGAGGAUGAGAUUCUCAAGUGUAUUGGCAAUCUUAGCAACCAUAUUCUUGCUACAGCAGCAUCAAAACAAUUGGCUUUGACCCGACAACAACACCCACAUCUUUUUACUCGUCCCGAAUUGUGUGUUCAAGCAUGGAGAAUAUGUACCUUGUAUCAUUACCGUGUUGCGACACGAAGAUAUAUUCAAGAGCUUUUUGAACGAGUUGUGUUUGAUAAAUCUGCCUUGAGUAUUGUUGACAAAAUGGCAGGAUUACAGCUGAUUCAUAUCAUUGAUGAGGAAGAAUCAGCUCGAUUGAAUGAGAAUACUUUUAAAAGCUCACUUUCUUUGCUACCUAGAGAUUCAGAAAGAAAAGGUAGUCCUGCAACCCAUUCAGGAAACAAACUGAUUCUGCCAGCAGCACACACAAUUCGUGGGUUUGAUAUUUAAAUAAAACUAAACUGUUUGUGGUAG